GCUCGCCCGCCAUGCGUUCGAGCAAAUGCCGCCCCGUCCCCCGCUCCGCUCGCCUCCGAGCGGCGGCCCUUACACCACCGCGCCGCCGUCGCCGCCGCGCGCGGCCGAGCAGCACUGCCUGCGCCUCCUGGAGCGCGCCACGACGCCGGCGUCGCUCCUCCAGCCCCUCGCAUUCCUCCUCAAGCACGGUCUCCACUCCAACCCGCUGGUCCUCACCAGGCUCUUCUCGGCCGCGGGCUCCGCCGCGCCCGCGCUCCUCGAGCCCCUCGUCGCGGCGCUCCUCCGCCCGGGCCUCCCGCUCGACGCCUUCCUCCUCAACACCCUCAUCCGCGCGCACGUCGCGUCCCCGCUCCCCUCCGCGCGCCGCCGCGCCGCGGCCUUCUUCCCGCUCAUGCUCCGCCGCGGCGUCGCCCCCAACAAGUUCACCUUCCCGUUCCUCCUCAAGUCCUGCGCCGCGAUGCCGGGGUCCCCGGCCGCCGGUCUCCAGGCCCACGCCGCCGCCCUCAAGUUCGGCUUCGCCGCCGACCACUACGUCUCCAACACGCUCAUACACAUGUACUCCUGCUUCGGGGCCGGGUUCCUCGGGGACGCGCGGAACGUGUUCGACAGAACGCCCAAGGACAGCGCUGUCACCUGGAGCGCGAUGAUCGGCGGGUACGUGCGUGGGGGGCUGUCGAGUGAUGCUGUCAUGCUGUUCCGGGAGAUGCAGGCCAGCGGAGUGCGGCCGGAUGAGGUGACAGUCCUCGGGGUCCUUUCGGCCGCCGCUGAUUUGGGUGCACUCGAGCUCACGCGGUGGGUUGAGCGGUUUGUGGCGAGGGAGGGAAUUGGGAGGUCUGUGACGCUCUGCAAUGCGCUGAUCGACACGCUCGCCAAGUGCGGGGAUGUCGAUGGGGCAGUGGCUGUGUUCGAGGGGAUGGAGGAGCGGACUGUUGUGUCAUGGACGUCGGUGAUUGAUGCACUUGCAAUGGAGGGCCGUGGGAAAGAGGCCGUGGCUGUGUUCGAAGAAAUGAAGGCUGUUGGCGUGCCACCUGAUGAUGUCGCAUUCACCGGGGUGCUCACUGCAUGUAGCCAUGCUGGAAUGGUUGAUGAAGGCCGUGGCUACUUUGACUCAAUGAAGACAGAGCAUGGUAUUGAGCCUAAGAUCGAGCAUUAUGGUUGUAUGGUCGACAUGUUUGGCCGUGCCGGCAUGGUUGAGCAAGGGUUGGACUUUGUUCGCGCGAUGCCCAUGAAACCAAACCCAAUAAUUUGGCGGACUCUGGUUGCUGCUUGUCGUGCUCAUGGCCGGCUCGAGCUCGGUGAAAGCAUUAGCAGGGACCUUCUUAAAGAGUACCCUGCUCAUGAGGCCAACUACGUCAUGCUCUCCAACGUAUUUGCAUUGACGCAGAGAUGGAAGGAGAAGUCAGAGAUUAGGAGAGAGAUGAGCAAGAGAGGUAUUACAAAGGUGCCAGGCUGCAGCCUUGUUGAACUUGAUGGAGAGGUCCAUGAGUUCAUAGCAGGAGAUGAGUCGCAUCCGCAGUACAAGGAGAUAUACAGGAUGGUUGAGGAGAUGUCAAGAGAGCUAAGACGCAUUGGGCAUAUUGCAGCCACAUCAGAGGUCCUCCUUGACCUUGAUGAGGAGGACAAGGAGGGUGCGCUUCAGUGGCACAGUGAGAAGCUGGCAAUUGCAUUCGUGCUCCUGAGGACUCCUCCUGGAACACAGGUCCGGGUGGUAAAAAACCUACGGGUAUGCUCCGAUUGUCAUGCGGCAAUUAAGUGCAUAUCACAAGUUUAUAACCGGGAGAUCAUAGUACGUGAUAGGAGCCGUUUCCAUCGCUUUAAGGAUGGUUCCUGCUCCUGCAAGGAUUUCUGGUGAUUGGAUUUGUGUUUCACCAGGUUAUCCUUUUUCAGAGGUGCAGUGAAGAGUGGAUUGAACUUCAACAGCACGUGCAGGUGAUCGUGAACUGAUGAUGUAUUUUUGAGGAGCUUCUGCAAGUCCUUGAGGGGCAGAUAAAUGCAUCUCCCAAUCUUGUGCUGUCUCAGUGGCCUAUCUGAGUUUCAUUGGCACUGUUCUAAGCCUUCCCCAACCAUCUCAUUCUCCGUUGCUUCUUCAUUCAUGCAGUGAGUUUGUAACUAACCAUGCAUCUAUGAAGUGUCUGCCAUCUCGAUGGUGUUGCUGAUCUCGACCAAUGCUUUGAGACUUUUCCUGUUCUUGUACGCCCUUGCCUUCCUGUUGUUGCAGAGAGCUGUUAAGUCAAUCUUAGCCUCCUUGCUCAAGUGACUGCAUCAUCAUUUACUACAGGGGCUACAGGGGUAAUAUUUCUCUGCACUUCCCUUUGUAAAGUCUCCCAUUUUGUAGGAUUCUGCUUAUCAAUAGUCAUGAAAUUUGUUUGCACUGUAAGGAUCGAACACAUUCAAGUCCCUGCUUUCUUGUUUGCCUCUUCUCUAGUCCUCUGCCAAAACAUCCCACCCAGCCAAUCUUAUGAACCUCCUUGUUUCUGCUGUUAGAUCCUCUAACCUUUUCGAUACUGGAGUGAUGUGCGUCUUAUUUGCCUGUAUGAGUGGAAACCAGAAAUAAACAUAUGUUAAUCUACAGGUCUAGUGCUUUAGUGUACUGUGGACCCAUGUUCAGUAGUUACUUGAAACAUUUGUACCUUGCAUUACAAAUAUGAAAGGGUUCUGAUCUAUAAUUUUCUCUGAGCACUGUGUUUUUAUUUUGAUACUUUAGUUUCUUUAUAGAGAAUUUUAACUCUGAUAUUCAUGGGAUUGUAGAAUCUUAUACAUAUUGACGUCUAAUGAUUCUGCAGGAAACCCAAGGUCUUCUCUUUUCCCCCCUACACAGAGUUGGCUCAAAUAUUUCUGAAGCAGUAUUAUAAGUCCAGCUUACAUUUGGCACCGAUGUUAAUUGGCAAAUGCCGGAAUCCAAUUUGGCGUGUUCAUCUUC